AUGACGUUGCUGCAGCAAAUUAUUGACUUUCUCGUCGAAAAAGUCGGAAAACCUCUGCUGCUAGAAGUCAGAAACUUCGUCGACGAAAUUGUCGACGAAGCUCUUUUAAAAACGGACGCUUCGGAGGACAACGCAGCGAAGUCGACUAAAGAAAUAGAGGAGGAACCGAUCGAGAAUGGAACGGAGGAUGCUUUGGAAGAUGUAGGGGAAGAUGCUCGGGAGGAUGCUGGGGAGAACAACCCACCAGAAGACGACCAAACCGCACGUGUUCGUGGUGGAGGAAGAGGUUGA